UGGUGAGGCCAUUAUCGGAUGAAGUCAUAUACUGGCUUCAUCUACCAGUCUCUAUUCGUCCUUAUCGCACAUUCUGCUCUGCGAUAGACCCAUGACUCGGGAGAUACGAAAGGGGCCGCUACCGGGCUGCCUCACUGGUCAGUCAUAUAAAGCGGCAAACGGCUGGAAUGCUUCAAUCUCACCGAGUCCAGAUACCUUCGAAACGCACCGCACAAACAUCAUGUCCAAUGUCGUCCUCGAUUCAAACCGACUCGAGGUCGGAGCCCUCUAUGUGGCAAUAUCCUAUCGUAACCUCGACGAGAGCAACACGUCGUUCUUUUGGGGGCUAUACCUCCACGCACCCAACGGGUCCCGCACAGGUUACAAAUUUCAGCUCAUCGACACGAACGGCAAAUUCUACCAGCUCAGGGAGAGCGAAGCGGGCUCAUUGCUGUACACCAUAGCACUGAUAGCAAUGGUGCGGAUUGCAGGGCCGAAUCUUCUCACCCGCUUUCAACUCUACGAGAUCGUGGCUGCGAUAAAAGACAAGGACACGGACCUCUCCCGAGGCGCGUACACAUGCCAGCAAUGGAUCAAGGAGAUCGUGAAGGUGUUGAGGGAUCGCCGCAUGUUGACAUGCAAUAUCAUGCCUCGGCAUUGUCUGGUAGCAUCGCUCGCCCCGUCAUUCACUCGGCAUGGUCUUACUAGUGAUACAUGAUCGUCAAAAUUUGGUCGUGACUGUACUGAGUCCCUUGUAGCGGCCAUUUCGUGUCUCUUGCUGAAUGGAACUCCAAAUUUUGCGCACACACUGGCUUCUCGUUCGCAGCUUGUUCAUGUACUUGUAAUUUCGUGUGACACUUCAUUCUCGAAACCACCACUGUAAUACUGUACUACAGUCUAUCUCGCCAUAUCGCUACG